UGUUUUUUCACUCUACUUUGUGAUUCUCGUGCUUUAUAACUUUUCUCCAUUAGGCACGACAAUUCACUUUUACUUAUGGAAAGCCACAAUUCUGUAUGGGAUAGUCUUCGUUCCGGGCAUUCUUUCGCCAAUUUUUCUACUUCGCCCGUUCAACGUCAUGAAUGCACGACUCGCAGCAUGGUUCAUUCGUAAAAUUAGUUAUUUAACGGGAGUAACGUGGGAGAUACGAGGCGCAAAUAUCGCUGGAAUGGAUCAAGGCACUGUGAUUUGUUGCAAUCAUCAAUCUGAUAUGGAUAUUUUUGGACAAUUCAAUCUUUGGACAACUUUUAAAAAGAUGACAGCUAUUGCCAAGAAGGAGCUUUUUUAUGUCUUACCUUUUGGACCGGCAGCUUGGUUAUGUGGCUUGCGAUAUAUCGACAGAAGUAGCUCCAAAAAGGCAUUUGAAACACUAUUGAGUGUUACAAAAUUGAUGACUGAUGAGAAGACAAAGAUCUGGAUAUAUCCCGAAGGAACUCGAAACUGCAAAGGAGGAUUUUUGCCAUUCAAGAAGGGAGCCUUUGUGAUGGCUAUUGAAGCGCAAGUUCCCGUUAUGCCGGUAGUUAUUGCACCUUACUAUUACAUGGAUGAGACUCAGAGGAAAGUUUUCUAUGAAAAAAAACACAAUAUUGUAUCAAUACUCGAUCCGAUUUCCACAAAAGGUCUCACACAAGCUGAUGUUGAAGACCUGAAAGAGAAAACUCAAGCACUGAUGUUCAAAGAAUACGAAAAACUGAGAGAAGAAGUUACCCUAAGAUCUAAAGAUCCAAAUUGGCUGAACAAAAGUCGUCCCAGAUUGACGUUAACUAAUCGAAAGUUUAAAAAACCUUGA